AAUUAGACAUGUUUAUUCUUAAGAGGACACUAUGAGAAAAUGUGAAUCAAGAGUGAUUACCAGACUCAUUUUGGGCAAAAAAUAACUGGAUGAAUAUAUGUACAAAAUACAGUCCUUCUUAAAAGCACAAAACAAAUUAACAGCAGCUGCUGAUCACUCAUGAGUAACUCAACACCAUGAGCCUGUGUACAUGAGCAGUGGAGAGAAGCAUUUUAACAAGGAAAUAAAAUUCAGUUUUAAGCUUUACAGAAUUUUACAGAUGAUACAGAAAUGUAACUGCAGUGUGCCAUUUAGUUUUCAAAAAACUUCCUUUAGGAAAUUGCUCUAAUAUCUCUAAUUAUCAAAAUGAACUGUUUCGUCAUAAACCAGAGGUAAUACAGGUAAAAAGUAGCAAAACUCUUGAAAUAGUAUCAGAACAAUUAUGAUUACCAUAUAAUUAAUUGGACCAGUGUUGUUGACUUCUUGUCCAAAAAACAAAAUAUUUCAGUCUCCGCAAUCUGGGGCAGAUUAUUACUAGAAAUGUAUGCAUGGAUUCCUUUAACCAGAAAAGUAAUGACCACAAAUAAACUAAUAUAUGCUGAGUAACAAGGACCUUGGGAAAUCCUUCACAUGCAGUAGCUCAUAUAAUCUUCCAAUGGUCCUGUAGUGUUAUUAUUAUUCUCAUUUUACAGAUGAAGAUAUCAAGUCAUAGAGAGUUUAUUAGUUAGUAUAGAGUAGCUUAUGCUGCAGUAACAAACAUCUCAAAAUUGUAGUGGAUUAAAACAUAACAUUGAGCUAGAACUGAUUUGUUACCAGUGUGUUGCUGUUCUAGAAACAUUCAGAACAACUCCUAUAAAAAAUUAUUCAGGGAUUGAGGCUGCUUUCAUCUUAACCUCUAGACCUUGUGGCUUUCAGAGUUACUCUGGCAGGGAAAGAGAGUCCCGGAGGGCCGUGCAGGAUCUUUUUUCACUGUCUUCCUUUUCUCCUGGCAGUGGUGCACUUCCACUCAUAUUUUAUCGGCCAAAAAUAGUCACAUGAUUCCAACUAAUUGAAAAGGUAGAUGCCAACUAAUUGAAAAGGUACAGGCUUUCAUGAGCCAGAGAAGGGGAAAAUUAGGUAUGUGUAAGCGCCAGCAAUGGACUACAGGCAGAUAUAGAAAUUUAACCAAAGCUAAAAACAUAGACUUGGUAAAACCAGAAUUUAAACCCACUUUGUUCAAAAUCUCACUUUAUUCUAGACCUUGGGUCUUCAAACUUUAGCCAUGCAAUAUCUACUAUGUAUUGGUCUUUAAUGUUCCCAGAGAAAAUAGAUGAUUAAAAAUGCUUACCACAGACCUUUAGGUUUAAAAAUAAAUCCUCUAACAGAUUUACAUUCAUUCUCACUUUAAGAAAUGCUUACCAAUCCCUUUUAAACCACCCAUUCUUUGUGUUUUGAAGAAUCACUUCCUGAACAAGCCCUUUCCAAACUCUUAAAUGAGGUUAGGCCCCUUUUUUUCUUUACGUCCAUAGUAUCAUUUUGUAAAGCUCAUCAUACUUUAAUGCCCAUGAGUUCCACGGUGGCAGAAACCAUAUCCCUCUGUGUCUCCAGAGAUUGGCACAAUAUCUCACACAAUGUGGGCUCUCAAAAAAUAUGCAGAAAUAAAUGAAGAGUUUGACUCUUUUCUGAAGCAGGUCUUGCUACUGUUUUCUUAAUUUUUAUUUGCACAGGAAGGGUCUUGCUAUGUUUCCCAGGCUGGUCUUGAACUCCUGGCUUAAGUCAUCUUCCCUCCUCAACAUCACCAAAGUGCUCCAAUGUAAGCCAACACACCCAUCCUUGCUGCUGUUUGAUAUUCUCUGGUCUUAAAAAUGCUCCCCAAGUGAGACAAAAUUUACUCUUCUACAAUUUCCCUCUGACAAUCUUAUUUUUCUUAGUUCUUCCCACAUAACUAACAUUGAAUAAGGCUACUUUCUUUUAACACAAGAGCUCUUCAAAUGAGAUAACCAGCAUGUGCUCCUAAUUCUUCUUGGUUUCCUUAAUCUUUCCAUGCAAAAAUGCAUUCCUAAAUCCGUAUCAACCCCUCUUCUUAUCUGCAGAUAUGUUCUGCCUUGUUAACUCUCAUCCAACGUGUCCAGAACCAAGCCUACUACUUGAGAUAUGAACUGACUAGCUUUCCACGGUGGAGUUCUAACCUCCUUUGGAGAAUGAACAUGCAUUUUCCCCACUAUAGGAUCUUUAGUAAAAAGUAUAGUGUCUGACACCACAUACAAGAUACUCAGUAGGUAUUUGUUGAAUAAUGAAUGAAUAAAUGAAUGAAUGCACGAAUGCACUUUAAGAUAUAUUAGAUUCCUUUUGCAAUUGUUUCCCAUUCUAGGCUCAUAUAACUGUGGACAUACUUCCAUAUGGAUUAGGUCAGUUCUUCAAAAUCUAUACUCAGUUUAACAAAAAAGAGAUGUUAAUACAGAACUAGCAAACAUUUAUAUAGAACAUUCCCCACAAAACUCGAAGGAAAUUAAGCCAACAUAAUCAAAUGCUAAUUUCUCUAGGGAAGUGUCCUUGUCCUUCUGCAGAGAAAUAGUCUCCAAACCUACAUUGCUAAAAUAGCCUAUCUUUCAGUGUUCAAACCUGACAGUUAAAAGAAAUGAAGAAAAGCAGCGGCGCUGGAGGCUGCUUCGAUCUCAGUGGCACGUGUAAAUGGAAGCAAUUUGCAAGAGAUUAUCUCGGGUCCAAAUAGGAAUGAGGCCACUAUAAUCUUGGAGUACUGAAGCUUUCUCAUUCCUCUCCCCCUUCCCCUGUUCUUCUUCAUGCCUGUCAGAGUUAAAACAGGAGCCCCCAUAUUUUCCAAAAUAUUGGAGGCGAUUUUCCAUUAAAUGAUGGGUCGAAUCAUACCUGACUGUCUAUAAGACCCGUUAACAGAUGCACAGGGACAUUACCAAGGAGGCUUCCUUGCCACUCACAGCGGACAGCAGAGGCUUUCUCUACUAGGACCAAUAGUUUAGAUUUGUUCUGUCUUAAGAAUGCAACACUCGAUCGACUUCCCAGCAGCAGAGUGCAAAGUUGAGGGAGAGAAAAAGAGCGUGUGUGUGUGUGUGUGCAUGUGUGUGUGUGUGCGCGCGCGCGAGUAUCUUGAUCAGUGGGGUUGGGGCGGGCAGUAAAUAAAGGGUGGGGCCAGCGAGGGAAGGAGGAAAGCAAAGAUUGAGAGAGGCCGGAACGUGGCUCCGCUCCCAGUUAACCUGCUGGAACUCAUCAGGCUUGCUCAGAGCCCCUGCACCAACUCACCCAGUACUCUCUCUCCUUCUUCGUUAGUCUUCUUUCCCCCUUUCCCCUCCUCUGUCUGCGCCUACCCGCCACUUUUGCAUCUGACCAGAGGACGAAUGAGGGAAACGUUCCUGCAGAUUAGGGCAGCAACUUUCCUCAGAUCGUCUCUGGGCUCCCGGCGCCGGAGAGCGCUGAUCCUCCGCGGUCUGCGGCCCAUGGAAGAGGAGGAGGAGGAGCCGUGAUGGGCUAGCGACAGCAGUGAGGAGCCCCGAGCGAGCUCAGCCUUGCCAGCUAGCUCCGCGGUCCCACGCGGGUUCCCUAGAGCUCGCUCCGUGGGGGAGCGCGCAGCGUGCUUGGAACCGGAGCAUCCAGAGAGGAUGAGGCGGGGACCCGGCCCAAGUUGGGUGCAUCUCUCGGGCGUCCGGCAGCGGCUGUAUCUCGGCAUGAAUUAAGAAGCUAGGAAGAUGGAGCUCGGCACACUCCUCGCCCAGCCCAGGCUCUGGACCAGGGACACCAGCUGGGCACUCCUCUAUUUCCUCUGCUAUAUCCUCCCUCAGACCGCCCCGCAAGUACUCAGGAUCGGAGGGAUUUUUGAAACAGUGGAAAAUGAGCCUGUUAAUGUUGAAGAAUUAGCUUUCAAGUUUGCAGUCACCAGCAUUAACAGAAACCGAACCCUGAUGCCUAACACCACAUUAACCUAUGACAUCCAGAGAAUUAACCUUUUUGAUAGUUUUGAAGCCUCACGGAGAGCAUGUGACCAGCUGGCUCUUGGUGUAGCUGCUCUCUUCGGCCCUUCCCAUAGCUCCUCCGUCAGUGCUGUGCAGUCUAUUUGCAAUGCUCUCGAAGUUCCACACAUACAGACCCGCUGGAAACACCCCUCGGUGGACAACAAAGAUUUGUUUUACAUCAACCUUUACCCAGAUUAUGCAGCUAUCAGCAGGGCGAUUCUGGAUCUGGUCCUCUAUUACAACUGGAAAACAGUGACCGUGGUGUAUGAAGACAGCACAGGUCUAAUUCGUCUACAAGAGCUCAUCAAAGCUCCCUCCAGAUAUAAUAUUAAAAUCAAAAUCCGCCAGCUGCCCUCUGGGAAUAAAGAUGCCAAGCCUUUACUCAAGGAGAUGAAGAAAGGCAAGGAGUUCUAUGUGAUAUUUGAUUGUUCACAUGAAACAGCCGCUGAAAUCCUUAAGCAGAUUCUGUUCAUGGGCAUGAUGACCGAGUACUAUCACUACUUUUUCACAACCCUGGACUUAUUUGCUUUGGAUCUGGAGCUCUAUAGGUACAGUGGCGUAAACAUGACCGGGUUUCGGCUGCUUAACAUUGACAACCCUCACGUGUCGUCCAUCAUUGAGAAGUGGUCCAUGGAGAGACUGCAGGCCCCACCCAGGCCUGAGACUGGCCUUUUGGAUGGCAUGAUGACAACUGAAGCGGCUCUGAUGUACGACGCUGUGUACAUGGUGGCCAUUGCCUCGCACCGGGCAUCCCAGCUGACCGUCAGCUCCCUACAGUGCCAUCGACAUAAGCCAUGGCGCCUUGGACCCAGAUUUAUGAACCUCAUCAAAGAGGCUCGGUGGGAUGGCUUGACUGGGCAUAUCACCUUUAAUAAAACCAAUGGCUUGAGGAAGGAUUUUGAUCUGGACAUUAUUAGUCUCAAAGAAGAAGGAACUGAAAAGGCUGCUGGCGAAGUGUCUAAACACUUGUAUAAAGUGUGGAAGAAGAUUGGGAUUUGGAAUUCCAACAGUGGGCUUAACAUGACGGACAGCAACAAAGACAAGUCCAGCAAUAUUACUGAUUCACUGGCCAAUCGAACACUCAUUGUCACCACCAUUCUGGAAGAACCCUAUGUUAUGUACAGGAAAUCUGAUAAGCCUCUAUAUGGAAAUGACAGAUUUGAAGGUUAUUGCCUGGACCUGUUGAAAGAAUUGUCAAACAUCCUGGGUUUCAUUUAUGAUGUUAAACUAGUUCCGGAUGGCAAAUACGGGGCCCAGAAUGACAAAGGGGAGUGGAACGGGAUGGUUAAGGAACUCAUAGAUCACAGGGCUGACCUGGCAGUGGCUCCUCUUACCAUCACCUACGUGCGGGAGAAAGUCAUUGACUUCUCCAAACCCUUCAUGACCCUAGGCAUCAGCAUUCUCUACCGGAAGCCCAAUGGUACCAAUCCAGGCGUUUUCUCCUUCCUCAACCCCCUGUCUCCAGAUAUUUGGAUGUAUGUGCUCUUAGCCUGCUUGGGAGUCAGUUGUGUACUCUUUGUGAUUGCAAGGUUUACACCCUACGAGUGGUAUAACCCCCACCCAUGCAACCCUGACUCAGACGUGGUGGAAAACAAUUUUACUUUACUAAAUAGUUUCUGGUUUGGAGUUGGAGCUCUCAUGCAGCAAGGAUCAGAGCUGAUGCCCAAAGCUCUAUCGACCAGAAUAGUUGGAGGGAUAUGGUGGUUUUUCACCCUAAUCAUCAUUUCAUCCUACACUGCCAAUCUGGCUGCCUUCUUGACAGUAGAGAGAAUGGAAUCCCCCAUAGAUUCAGCAGAUGAUCUGGCAAAGCAAACCAAGAUAGAAUAUGGGGCGGUCAGAGAUGGAUCAACAAUGACCUUCUUCAAGAAAUCAAAAAUCUCCACCUACGAGAAGAUGUGGGCCUUCAUGAGCAGCAGGCAGCAGACCGCCCUGGUAAGAAACAGUGACGAGGGAAUCCAGAGAGUGCUCACCACGGACUACGCGCUGCUGAUGGAGUCCACCAGCAUUGAGUAUGUGACGCAGAGAAACUGCAACCUCACUCAGAUCGGGGGCCUCAUUGACUCCAAAGGUUAUGGAGUGGGAACGCCUAUUGGUUCUCCUUACCGGGAUAAAAUUACUAUUGCUAUUCUUCAACUCCAAGAAGAAGGGAAGCUGCAUAUGAUGAAAGAGAAGUGGUGGCGUGGGAAUGGCUGCCCCGAGGAAGAUAAUAAAGAAGCCAGUGCUCUGGGAGUGGAAAAUAUUGGGGGCAUCUUCAUUGUUUUGGCUGCCGGACUGGUCCUUUCUGUAUUUGUAGCUAUUGGAGAAUUCAUAUACAAAUCACGGAAGAAUAAUGAUAUUGAACAGGCUUUUUGUUUCUUUUAUGGACUGCAAUGUAAGCAAACCCAUCCAACCAACUCCACUUCUGGAACCACUUUAUCUACGGAUUUAGAAUGUGGCAAAUUAAUUCGAGAGGAGAGAGGGAUUCGGAAACAGUCCUCAGUUCAUACUGUGUAAUCAGUUUUUUUUUAAAAAAAAGAAGUGUGCCCAGUAGAAAAUGUUUUCACUAAUUGGUGUUGUUGAUAUUUGUAUUUGCUAAGCAUAAAUAGCCACAGUUCUCUAUUCCUUUAGGAUAGCAAAACUCAUGUAUUCUAGACAUUGAAAUGAAUACACUGGAAAGAGACUUGCACUGUAUGUUGAAGGAGGGGCAUAUUAGGAGUAUAUAAACUUCUAGAAAUGUGUAUUUACAAGAAUCUUCUCUGUCCCACUUGUCAUCUUAGUUCUAUCUUCACGCAUUAAAAAUAAGUAACUCUUCUUUCAUGAAAAAGGAGAUCAGAAUUUCAACAGGGCAAAGCAUGGAAACAAGAUGCUUAUUCUGUGGACUUCUUUUCAUCUUUGUGAACUUCGUUCCCUGCUCUUUUUUCUUCUCCCUGUUCAUAUAUUGUGUAGAUCUGCGUAUUGUCAAACGACCCGAAACCCUUACCUUUUCAAUAGUACACACAUAACUCCAUAACAAUAAUUUUUAAUUGAAAUUGAUUCCAUGGUUUAAAAUGUAUUAUUUACACAAAGACUCAAAAAUGUCUUAGAAUUUAAAGAUUUAAAAACUGUGAUCCACAGAAAGAAAACUAAACUUGAAACUUCUGGUGUCACAGAAGAGCAAUAGCUAAAUUGAACAUCACUCAUGGAAACAGAACACAGUCAAGAAUAAUUCCCGGACAGAAAUUCAUUAACCUCAAACUCUCAAAUAACGUUUACUUGUAGAAUUUAACAGUCUUCUGUAGGUUCUGAGUCUUGAAGGAACGGUGAUAUUUUUCAAGCUGUAUAGUACUUCUUUGAAGAUCCCAGCAAAGUCCUAAGCUAUGUACUAAUUCAUUUCCAUUUACCACUCACUUUGCAUUGAUGAACAUCUUUCUACGAGAUGUUAUUUCACUUCCUUCCCACUUACCCUAGAUAGAGUGGUUGUUCUUGGAGCAACCUUUCCUGAACAUCACCACUUUCACAGUUAUUUCUUUGGAUCCAUCAUCAUUACUAAUUCAUUCCAAGUAUUCUGGGGAAAAGGGCAAGAAGGAAAAAAUAAAGGAAAGAAUGUCCGUACAUAUUAGUUACAGAUCUCUGUAGAUUCAUUUUCCAUCUUCAUUCAAAGUGCUGUAAAUAAUUCCCAUGCUAACUCAACCAGGUGACAUAAAAAACCUAUUGCAUAUUUCAUUUGUUGUGACAGAGAAUAUCUGAUGAUUCCUCUGGGCUCGUUUCUCCUCCCUAGUGAAUAGGAGAAUUGAAGAUGUGUUUCAUCUUUUCUAAAUAUGGGAUCAGUUGGUCUUUACUCUUUUCUUAAUGGGAUUAUCUUUUGACACAUCAAGCAAUCCCCUAAAGCACAUUCCUUGAAGUAGAGAUAUGCCAUCUGUGCAAUCAUAUAGCAUUUUACCUUCUCUUUGCUUAGCUUUAAAUGGCUCCCAGUUUUGGAAACCACAGGCCUCUCCAAUCAACCGUAUAUUUCUCCAGUAAAGCAUAUUCAGGAAAGUUGACUAGUUGACUCUUGUCCUAAUUGUUUCUCAGCUUUGCUUCCUUCUUUAAAGAAAUGUACUCAGAAGAAAAUAUCAUAAAUUACACUAACAUUGUUUUAUUAUUAUUAAACUAGAAGCAACACACUAUUUGUCCCAGGUCAGAGUUCACAUUUUCAUAAUCAAUAGAAUCAGAUGUUGGGAUGAAUAUGACAUUAUUCUUAGUUUCAUAUUUCAUGGAUUCAGUAUAUAGAAACCACAAAUUUCGUAAGUUUACUCUCCCAAAGACAAUUUAAUAAACCAAAAAUGCUACCAAAAGAGUUCAAGUGUGAUUGAUGAAGUAUUGACAAUCAAAAUUAACAGUAACUAACGAAACUUAACUUUCUGCAGAGAUUAUUACUUAAAAGUGUAAUUCAGAGAUUUGGACAGAGAAAUUAUCUCUUUCAAAAGUUAAUAUUUCUAUACUACUUUAGACUGUAUGCUACCUAAUUCUGGUAUUUAUGUACUAUUUUAUAGUUAAAAUGUUUUCACAUACAACAUUACAUUUGAUCCUUUCAAAAAUUUUAAUUCAGCUUUACUAACAGAGAAAUAGGUAUCAGUCAUUGGCCUGCAGUUAUAGAUUUUAGAAGCAGAAGAAAAUUUUCUAAAACAGCCAAACUUAGAUUCAGGUUCUAGCAGAGCCACAUGCUAAAUGACUGUAGGCAAGUUACCAAAUUUCUUAGUCUCGAUUUCUUGAUAUGUAACAGUGGGACAAAAUUUCUAGAACAUAAAGUUUUGUAGGGGUGUUUUUCAAAAUGGGUUCAAUUGGCAAAUGUUUCUCAAAUAAAAUUUUCAUAGUAAAAUAACCCAUGGAGCGUCACUCUAAAUGUUCCUUUACUACAUGCUAUCUCAGUGUGCAUCACAAGUUUUUGUGCAUUGAGAAUUUUCAACAAAGCAGAAAAGUAUUCAGCACUUCUCAAGCCUGUUAGAUUGCAGAUUUUUUUUCCGCACAGCAUCUUGACAGACCAGUGUUCCACAGAUCAUCCUCCAGGGAACACAGGUGUGAUCAUGUGACUCUCAUCCCAUAAUAGUGUACAAAACAUCUUGCAUUGUGCUUGGCACAUAGUAGCCACUCAAUAAAUAGUUAUGUAUUCUUUUGAGUAAA